UCCGGUCAAGAUGGCGGCCGCCAUGGGAUCCCUCGGGAGAGUUUUGAUACAUCAAAGGCAUAACCUUUCUAAGAUGGUUUAUCAGACAUCUCUUUUGCAUUGUCCUGUAAGUGUUCUAUUGUCCAGUAGACAUUUUGCCGCUGCUGUUACAAAGCCUGCAAGGAAACCAAAAACAAAAAAAGAUGCCAAAGGCAAGGCAUCAAAUGAAAAACCAGAUGAAAUAAAAGUGAAGUCCUACUCUUUUAUGGAAGGGGAACCUGAGGAUGAUGUCUAUUUAAAACGCUUAUACCCGAGGCGGAUCUAUGAGGUGGAGAAAGCUAUCCAGUUACUUAGGAAAUUUCAAAUUCUGGACUUCACUAACCCAAAGCAAGGUGUUUAUCUUGAUUUGACACUGGAUAUGUCACUGGGGACAAAGAAAAAAGUGGAGCCAUUUGCCAGUGUUAUUAGUUUUCCAUACCCCUUUGCUUCAAAAAUCAACAAAGUUGCUGUAUUUACAGAGAAUGCAACAGAGGUUAAAAUAGCAGAAGAACAUGGAGCUGCAUUUGCAGGAGGAACUAAUCUGAUUCAGAAGAUUUUGGAUGAUGAGAUUCAUGCAGACUUUUAUGUAGCGGUUCCAGAAAUAAUGCCUGAACUUAAUCCAUUAAAGAAGAAGCUGCAAAAAAAAUUUCCCAAAGCCAUUAGAAAUUCCAUUGGUCGUGAUAUCCCCCAGAUGCUUGAAUUAUUUAAAACUGGACAGGAAAUUGUCGUAGAUGAAGAAAAGAAGAAUUUUCUGAGUACCAAAAUAGCAACAUUGGAUAUGCCUACUGACCACAUAGCUGCCAAUCUGCAAGCAGUUAUUAACGAAGUCUGUAGGCACAGACCACUGAAUCUGGGGCCCUUUGUGGUGCAUACUUUUCUUCGCAGUUCAACAAGUGAAGGAUUGCUACUAAAGAAUGACUCCUUGUUGCCCAGAGAAGUCGAAACCAAAGAAAAUAACAAAGAAACUGCUUGAAAGUGUUGAAUUGUGAAACUAUUGUCAGUGGAUUAAAAAACAUACACACAAAAUAUUAAAAACUGUAUAGUUUUUA